AUGCCAAUGGAUGAGGACAGUAAGGCCGCCGUCCUAUGCGAUAGGUUGAGCACAUUGCCCGAUGAGCUGCUGCUCCGUAUCUUCGAGGCGGUCGGUUGUAUCUCCAGGCGCGAUCUUUGCAACGUAUCGCGCGUCAAUAAAAGAUGCCACCGCCUCAGUGAUGCCGUCUUGUAUAAGAGCAUUCUUUUCGAGACUCCAGAAUUUCACCUCACGUUCAGCGAGUCGUUGAGCCGUCGACCGCGUCGUGGUUCAGCCAUCUAUGAAGUCAAGCUGGCGUAUCCUUCCUCAGAGCUAUCGCAGCUGGCGCUCGACGCGCCUGUCCAUGGCUCAUAUCUCGAUCCCAAGACUUCGGACAGCUUAUCUCGAACUUUAUCUAUUAUGUCGAAUUUGGAGAAGCUCGAUAUAUCGGUUCCCGACGUGCUCUUACACGGUAUCGGUACCUUGUUCAAUGGACCUUUCGACCUCGCCUGCUUAAAGACCUGCUCACUAUUCUACCAGUGCGCUAACGAUGCUUACUGGGACCUGCGCGAAAACAUACACAUCUUCGCUCAUCCUACGCUGGAAACCUUGACGAUCCGCAGAGCUAAGCUAGACGAAAAGGGUUUCGAUCACAUCGAGCGGCCGCACAUGACAGCGCUCAAGCAACUACACUUGAUCGAAUGCGACAUUAACGACGACUCCCUCGGUGAUCUUCUCGAACUACCUGAGGCACUUGAAGAAUUCGUCAUGACGCAAGCGGAAGAGCCUGAGCCAGAACUGGAAGAGAGCUCUGACAACGUUGGGGAUUACAUCCUGGCUGCCCAGUCACAGGCCGAGUUUUUGAAGAGCAUCACCAUCGAUCACCCGACACUUACUGGGCGCAAGGUGCUACGCAUGAGAGAGUUUGCGGCGCUCAAGACACUGCGUCUGAAUUGGGAUUACCAGCUAUUUGGAAAGUCGUCUAAGAAGCCGCGUCUUCAUUCAGUUGGUCUUCCGCCGGUGAUGGAGACACUCGAGUUUUUCAACGAGCUAGGAAGUGAUACUGAAGUCACAGACCUUCUUCUGGCUACUAUUGAGCAGAAAGAUAUUGUCGCAAGAAACUGGAAAACCAUGGUAGUGGUGGAAGGCGAAGGGGGUGUGUCUCGAGAAAUUAAAGAUGCGUGUAAGACUGCGGGUUUGCGGUUGGAUAUCAUUGGCGCCAUGGACGAUGAGGAUUCUGAUCUGGAUGAAGAUGCUGAUAUGGAAGAUGAUUCUGAAUCGGAAAGCGAAUAG